AUUCUAGGGCAGUCACUGUUCGGAAAUGCGAAGAUUCACAGAAAUGGGUAUCCACUCCCAUGGCAAGGAGAGCAAGGAGCGUUCGGCAGACAAUGGUUAAAAUGUGGGGUGUACAGGGUGGCGGACCUAUGGGAUGAGGAAAAGGGUGAAUGGAAGGAGGAUGCGCAAUUGGAGGCGGUGCUCAGACAUCAGGCAGAUAGAAAACAGAGAUUGGACCAAGUAAGGAAGGCGAUCCUGGAGACAUGGAAGCAAAGGCUGAGCCAUAACUGGAGGACGAAAGGGGAAUGGGUGGCCUUGAACUCUGAAGAACUGCCGGAGGCACUCUUUAGAAUAAAGGCACAGGAUCAAGAGGACUGGUACUGGGUUGAGGGCUGGGAAGUGACACAGACGGAUGAAGCGCUGGGACAACCUCUGAAGAGACAGGAACAAAGAGACGGUGUCAUUCAUAAAGACAAUAUGCGGUCGGUGGUGGUGGUGAGAGACAAAAGGCAGAAGAAGGGGGAUAGCUUCAGACCCUUCAAAAUACGGCAGCACCCACUGCAGAUCCCCUGGGAUCCAUCUGUGUGGGAAUGGAAAGCCACCAAUUCCCAGAGAUGCGCGACACCACCACACCAAACCACGACCAAGGUCAUAUACAGGUCACUGAACACCCCGACAGACAUGGCAGACGAGAUGAAAGAGAGAUGGAGGAAGAAGGGCUGGUUGCAACAGGAGGAUGGAGUGAGUUGGACGCAGCAAACGUGGGAGAAGGCCUGUACCCUGCUCACAAGAUUGCCGGACCAGAAACAGGCGGGGGGCCUGUGGCUCAACCUACAGCUGGCGGUGCCUACGUACCAAUGGAUGGCUGCGUAUAGCGCAGCAACAGACACACUCUGCAAAGCCUGUGGACAGAAGGAGGAGACUAUACCGCACCUGUGGCUGGAUUGUGACUCGCAGCGACUGUUUUGGGAAUGGUGGGGCACAGUGGGCGACAAGGUGCCGUUACAUCCUGAGUCACCCAAACAUAGGGCGGAGGUGCUAGUGGGCCAGAUAUUGGCGGGAGGAGUGUCUCGCCCUGUGCAAGCAUAUGCAGGGGACAUGAUAGGAGGCGCAUUUUGGAUGGCAAUGUGGGCUAUGCGAGGGAGGCUACUGAUGGAGGGAGUGAAAGGCUCGGCGAAAACACUACAACAUUGGUUCUUGAGGAAACUCAAGGCGGCUGUCACGACAGAUAUGCAACGAAAACAGAAGGGGGGCUGGCCCUUCCUCAGGGAGGCAUGGGGGGGCUACGUGGAUGUACUACAAAUGGAGAUCGAGCCCGACAGGUGGGAAUGGAGCGAUGGCCUUUGCAUCAACAAGGAUGCAGGGGACUCACCGGACCAGGGGGAAGGGGACUCGCCACAGGCGCCACCAGACGAGUCCGAGCAGCCGGAAAAUGGGACAUACGACGGACAGCAGGAAGAAGAAAUGUCGGUCGAAGUGGAACAGAUGGAAAGUGGGACACAAGACAGGCAGCAGGCAGCGGAAAGGCCGGACAGAGGGGGGAUUCAAGAAGACGUGACACAAGAUCGCGAGCAGGGGAACGAGAGACCAGAGCGGGAGACGGCUCAGGCAGUGAGCACGGAAGAGGGAAGUGAAUUCCAGGAAUGGACUGAUGUUGGGGAGGUGGACCGCCCAUGUUAAGAAGAAGAUGCAGAGUAUAAGUGGGGAUUGGGUCGACAGUUGUAUUGAGUGUACAUACGGAUGUAUAGAUGGAAGGGCGCAGUAGGUACUGACAGUGCACAAGAGGGGAAUGGGGAAUGAUUGUUUUGGUGCUCAGGGAAGGGUGCUUGGUUCUUUGCAUGGGUCGAUAGUUGUACUGAGUGUACAUACGAAUGUAUAGAUGGAAGGGUGUAGUAGAUAUUGAUUGUGUACAAGAGGGGAAUGAAUGGGUGACCUGCCG